ACACUAUAAAAAGGAAAAUAUAAGGUUCCCAGAAAACCACAUUGCAAACUAUUUGUGUUUGGUUUUAAAAGAACUAAGAUAUAUCAGCACAGCAUGGCUACUUAUGUUAAUGCUACUUCUGGCCCACCAAAUGUUGCAGGUACUGCUGUUACUCGGAGUUCAGCAAAUUAUCAUCCCAGCAUCUGGGGAGACAAAUUCCUCCCAUACUGUAACUCCUCCCUCCUGAAAACUGAAGUUAAUAACACAGAGGAGAAACAGCUUCAAGGGCUGAAAGAAGAGGCCAAGCAGAUGCUAGUUGCAGGGGACACACCUCAGCACAAAAUAAUAAGCUUAAUCGAUGAUAUUCAACGAUUAGGUCUGGCCUACCAUUUUGAAGCUGAGUUAGAUGCAAUAUUACAGCACUUGAAGGAUAGCUUUCUUCAACUUUACUGCAGCAAAGAUGAGGUUGAUCUGCAUGAUGCGGCUCUAUGCUUUCGGCUGCUUCGACAGCAAGGACAUGUGGUUUCUUCAGAUGUAUUCUACAAGUUCAAGGACAACAACGGGAAGUUCAAGGAGAGCUUGGCUAAGGAUGUUAGAGGAAUGCUAAGCUUGUAUGAAGCAGCACAUCUCAUGGUGCAUGGAGAAACUAUACUAGAAGAAGCUCUUGAAUUCACCACCUCUCACCUUCAUCUAUACCUGAAUUCAAUCCUCAACAAUCCGUUAGCAGGCCUUGUUGGUCGUGCCCUCAAGUAUCCCCUCCGUAGAAGUUUAAAUAGGCUUGUAGCAAGGCAUUACAUUUCCGUCUACCACAAAUUAUCUUGGCAUAAUCAAGUGCUGUUGGACCUGGCAAAACGUGAUUUUAAUCGAGUACAGGCAUUGCAUCAGCGUGAGCUAGGUCCUAUUACAAGGUGGUGGAAAGAUCUAGAUUUUGCAAAUAAACUUUCUUUCGCAAGGGACAGAGUGGUGGAAUGUUACUUUUGGAUAUCAGGCGUGUACUUUGAGCCCCGGUAUACGGAGGCCCGAGUAUUCCUAACCAAAGUGAUUUCCUUAACAUCCAUUGUUGAUGACAUAUAUGAUAUCUAUGGAACUAUCGAAGAACUCCAGCAGUUUACUGAUGCAAUUGAAAAAUGGGAUAUCAGCACCAUAGAUCAGCUUCCAGAGUACAUCACCCUUUGUUAUCGUCCUCUACUGGAAGUUUUUUCUGAAGCUGAAGAAGAGAUAGAAAAGGCAGGAAGGCCAUCAUAUGGCUUUCGUUAUGCAAAGGAUGCUUUUAAAAGGUUAUCAAGAGGCUAUUUCGACGAAGCAAAAUGGUGUAAAGUAGAGUACUUUCCAAAAUUUGAAGAGUAUAUGAGUGUUGCACUCAUAUCUGGGGCGUACAAAAUGUUAUCGGUCACAAGCUUCGUGCUAAUGGGUGAUGUGGCAACCAGAGAAGCAUAUGAAUGGAUUUCUAUAGAUCCGCUGAUUGUCAAAGCUUCAUCUGUAAUCUGCAGACUCAGUGACGACAUAGUAGGACAUGAGUUUGAGUUGCAGAGACCACAUAUACCGACAGCUGUGGAGUGUUUUAUGAAACAAUACAGCGUUUCAAAAGAAAUAACUUACGGUGCACUGCAGAAGCGCAUUACAAAUGCGUGGAAGGAUAUGAAUCAGGAAUGCCUCAAUCCAACAGCAGCUGCAAUGCCGUUGCUAAUGAGAGUUUUCAAUUUGGCACGAGUCAUAAAUCUUCUUUAUGACGGGGAUGACGGAUACACACAUUCCUCGGCUCGGACAAAAGAGAUGAUCACCUCCGUCCUGUUGGACCCUUUUCCUGUAUAAUGCUUUUUCUUAUGGCUUGUUAAUUAGUACUGUUGUUUAAUAAAUGAACUCUGUCAGGUGCGAUCUCGUCGUAGAAAUGAACAAUAAUGUAAGGGUUGCUUCAGGUGAGAAUUUUCAGUGUCACUGGUUUGUUUGUGUAAGAUAAUAACUUUUAUUAAUAUAAGAGUGUGCAACUACUUUAUUAUGAUCUAA